AUGAUCCUUUAGCUGUAAUAGUUAAAAAUUUUUAAAUUUUAAUCCAAAAUUUUUAGGAAUUCGAAGAUAUAUUAAAUCUUCCUUCUUUAAAUUACACUCAAUGUAGCAAAGAAAACUAAUAGGAAUCAGAUAAAUACUUUGAACAAGGUAAUUAAUAAUUAUGAAUUAUAGGUUAUUAAUUAUUAAAGUAGAUCAUAAAGAAAAAGUUUAUAGAAUCAUUAAAAUAUAAUUAGAAAAAUAUUUUAUCUUUAUGGUGCCGAUGUAAUUAUCAAAGUUUCAUAUUUAGCCACUUGUUUAAUGUUUUUUGGGUGAUUAAAAUGAUGCAAUUAAAUGGAUUGAAAAAGCAUUAAGCAUCGAUGCAAAUCAUGUUGAUUCUUUAUAUCGAAAGUGUAUGAAUAUUAGAUAUAUAUAGCUGAAUGUUUAAGUUAAUUAGGAAAACAUAAGGAAGCACUAGAAACUAUUGAAAAGGCAUUGCCUUUUGAUUCUCAAAAUGUUGAUUUGUUAUACAGAAAAGGUAAAUUUUAAUUUUAAUCAAAAGCUGAAUGUUUAAGUUUACUGGGUAAAUAAGAGAAAGCACUAGAUUGUUUAGAAAUAGUUUUGUAUUAAGAUCCAAAAAAUCUAGAUUUUUUAUGGAGAAAAGGUUAAAACAAAUUAUUAUUUAUUAGCGGAAUGUUUAAGUUUACUAGGAGAAUAAAAAGAAGCAAUAAAGUUGGUCGAUCAAGUUUUAGCUAUAAACCCUAAUCAUCUUAAUUCAUUAUGUAGAAGAGGUUGAAUUAAUUUUAGAUUUUUAGCAUAGUGUUUAAGUUUAUAAGGAUAAUAAAUUGAAGCCUUGUAAUGGAUAGAAAAAGGACUAAAAAUAGAUCCUGAAAAUUUUAAUUUAUUGAAAGUUGGUGGUAAUUUAAUAAUAUAAACAAAGCUAAAUGUUUGAAUUUAUUGGGCAGAUAGAAAGAAGCAAUCAAAAUGAUAGACAAAUUUCUCUUUAAAAAUCCUCAAAAUAUAGACGGAUUAAUUGUAAAAUGUAUAAAUUAUACUGACUACUAUUUAGGUGAAUGCUUAGUUAAAUUAGGCAAUAAAUAAGAAGCUUUAAAUUUGAUUGAUAAAGCUUUAAGAAUUAAUCCAAAUUAUUUUGAAUCACUCUUUAAAAAAGGUAAAGCAAUUUAUCAUAUAAUAGCUGAAAUCUUAAUGAUAUCAGGAUAAUAUUCCCAAGCUCUAAUUUGGAUAGAUAAAGCCUAAGUUUUAAACUCAAAUAAUAUAGAGCUUUUAUCAAUGAAAGGUAUUAUAAAAUUCAUUUCAAGGUGAAUGCUUAUAUAUGAACGAUGAAGAAUUAUAAGCCAUCAAAUGGUUAGAUUUAGCCUUAAAAAUUUAACCAAAGCAUUUAAAAUCAUUAUUAUUUAAAGGUUCAUUUUCAUUUAAGUUUAGCAAAUUGCUUAUUUUUCAUUAAAAAUUAUUAAGAAGCAUCUAAAUACUAUGAUUAAGUCUUGAAAAUUAACCCAAGUAAUUUGGAUGCUCAAGAUAAAAAAUAACAAUGUUAGAAAUUUCUAAAAAAAUCAUGA